AUGCUGCAGGAAGACGACUUAUCCACGCGCGAGAUCCUGUAUGACAUUGAGGACGCCCGGCGACACGACCCAGCGGACCCCAAAUUUCAGAAGCGGCUCUUUGAACGGCAACGCAAGCGCGAGUACCGCAAGCAAACGCCGCACGAACUUCGGUACCUCACGCAGCGCGUGGCCGAGCUCAAGGCGCAAAUCGAUAUGAUCUUAAAUGAGCGUGCGGUGCAGCGGUCUGCCUUGUCCUGGAAAGACGUCGCGGCGGUCUUUGCGGCGCAGGUCGACGAGGCGAUUGCCGAGAACAAGUCCCUUCGCCGCCAAAUCGACGAGCUUACUCUUAUCCGCGACGAGCUCCAGCACUACAUUCUACCAGCCACGAGUUCAACAGAAGCUUUUGAUGCGCUUGAGUAA